AUGAGUGACGACGAUUUCAUGAUGGAAGAGGAGGAGGACGAGGAUUACGAUUUCGAUUACGAGGACGAGGAUGGUGAUGAACCCGACGUGGAUUUGGAGAACAAGUACUAUAACGCCAAGGGCCACAAGGAGGACGAACCUGACGUGGCGCUUGUCGAGUUCCAGGGCGUUGUUGAAGCGGAGACUGAGAAGGGAGACUGGGGUUUCAAGGCUCUAAAGCAGAUGGUCAAGCUGUCUUUCAAGAUGGGCAACUUCGACAAGACGCUGGAGUACUACAACCAACUACUGCCGUACACGAAAGCGGCAGUGACCAGGAACUACAGCGAGAAGAGUAUCAACAACAUUCUGGAUUUCAUCUCCUCGUCAUCCGACAUGGCUUUCAUGGAAAAGUUCUACCAGACCACCUUGAACGCCUUGAAAGACGCCAACAACGACCGCUUGCUGGUGAAGACGAACUUGAAACUGGCAAAGCUGUGGCUGGACAGGAAAGAGUUUGGUCGCUUGUCAAAGAUUCUUCGCCAGCUGCAUGCGUCGUGUCAGGCGGACGAUGGAACGGAUGACCAGCGCAAGGGAACACAUUUGCUAGAGAUCUUUGCACUCGAGAUUCAGAUGUACACAGAGACAAAGAACGGCAAGAAGCUGAAGGCGCUCUACCAGCAGUGUCUCUCUGUCAAGUCGGCCAUUCCUCACCCUCGUAUCAUGGGAGUCAUUCGUGAGUGCGGUGGCAAGAUGCACAUGAUCGAGAAGGAGUGGGACCAGGCACAGACAGACUUUUUCGAGUCUUUCCGCAACUAUGACGAAGCAGGAAGUUUCCAGCGUAUCCAAGUUCUCAAGUACUUGGUUUUGGCCAACAUGCUGAUGGAGUCCAAGAUCAACCCCUUUGACUCUCAGGAGACCAAGCCCUACAAGAAUGACCCUCAGAUUGUGGCGAUGACCAACCUUGUGAGUGCCUACCAGCGCCGGGACAUUCGCGAGUUUGAAAAGAUCUUGCGGGAGAACCGGACGACGAUCAUGGACGACCCUUUCAUUCGGGCGUAUAUCGAUGAUGUCCUGAAGAACAUCCGGACCCAGGUGUUGAUUCGGUUGAUCAAGCCCUAUACCCGCAUUGAGAUCUCGUUCAUCUCGCGCCAACUCAACGUCCCUGCACAGGAUGUCGAGGACCUCUUGGUUGGACUCAUCCUUGACAAAAAGAUUGCUGGUCACAUCGAUCAAGUCAACCAGCGUCUCGAGCUCCAGCGCCAGACGACAGGUGAUUUGCGAUACAGUGCGAUGGAUAAGUGGUCUUCCAAUCUCGAGACCUUGUACAACGCCAACAUCAAUAAGAUCAGGGCCAUGAUGGCGGCAGCCAAGGCAAAGGCAGAAGAAGCCAAGGCUAGAGCACUCGCCAACGCCGCGAUUUUACAACAGCGCGCUCAGCAACAACAACAACAACAACAACAACAGCAACAGCAACAGCAAGCAGCACAACUACCACCAACCGCAGCAUCAGCAUCUGGAGGAGCAGCAGCAAGAGGAGGAGCAGGAUUGUCGCAAUUGGAAUUGAUCCGCCAAAAGAAGGAGGCCCUCCAGGCCAAGUUGAACAGAGUCAUACCCGCUGCGUCAGCUGGACAGACGGCGGCGUCUAGUUCUGGAUCUCGGCCAGCGGGAGUGGGAGUGGGAGGAGCGACAGCAGCGGCGAGUGGGCAGAGGACGACGACGGUGAAGGGCGGGUUGGGCAUGGAUAUGGCGCCAGGGCUUUCGAGGGAUGCUGAAGGAAACUUGAUCAUUAACUCUGUCACUGCCGGUAAAUCCGUCAAGGCGCCUUCUUUCGCCACCGCCAAGGUCAACCAGAAGCCAGAACCAAAGAAAGAGUUGAAGAUCCUGAGCGUACCCGAAGAAUUCACCAACCCGGAAAAGAACCCUUAUUUCGACGAGAAUCUGGCAGCGGCACCUCGGGAGCGUCGGUCACGGCCGUUGAAGUUUGCACAGCAGGGGAAAUACAUUAAUAUUGCGAACCAGAUCCGAUCCGAACAGCGGGCUGUGCAAAUGAGACGGGAGAUUGAGGAGGCUGCCCAGGCGAAUAUUGAGGAGGAUGAUCAGCAGAUCAAGGAUGGCUUCACCAAGCGCGAGGUGCUGAAGGGAGUGGAGUGGUGGGAUGCAGGGUUCUUGCCUAACAAGACAUACGACGAUAUCAAGGACGGGCAUGUUAGGAUCGAGACCGAAGACGACCCACUCAUCACACACUACAUCCAACACCCCGUACCAAUCGAACCCCCGAACGAAGCCGCCCAAGCCGCCAGCGCCAAACCCCGCCCGCUCAUGUUGACAACCAAGGAACGUAAACGACUCCGCCGCCAGAGACGUGCAGAGCUGCUCAAGGAGAAGCAGGACAAGAUCCGGUUGGGUCUCUUGCCACCUGACGCGCCCAAGGUCAAGUUGGCGAAUAUGAUGAGGGUUCUGGGACAGGAGGCAGUGUUGAACCCGACAGAGAUUGAGAUGAAGGUUCGGCAGCAGGUUGCGGAUCGGUUGCAGGAACAUUUGGAUCAUAAUGCUGCGGCCAAGUUGACGCAUGACCAGAGGAAAGCCAAGGAGAGUAAGAAGAAAGAAGAGGAUGUUGCCAAGGGUAUCUAUGUCUCUCUCUACAAGAUCAACGAUUUGUCGCACCCACAGAAAAAGUUCAAGGUCGACAAGAACGCCACACAACUGGGGCUGACAGGAAUCGUGCUUAUGUACCCUACCUUCUCGAUCGUCCUCGUCGAAGGCGGACACAAGGCCAUCAACCAGUACAAGAAACUCAUGCUCCGUCGAAUCGAUUGGUCCGACAACACACGGCUUGAUGGUACAGAGGUCUCGGAGACGACGAUCGAUAAUAAGUGUCUGCUCGUUUGGGAGGGUCAGUUGAGGGAGCGGCAGUUCAAGACGUUUAGGUUCUUGAAGGCCACAAAUGAUGCGCAGUUGAAGCAGGUUCUGGUUAGACAUGGCGUACAGCAUUAUUGGGAUCAGGCGCUUGGGUUCAAGGAGGAGGAUAUGCUGGGCGCUGAAGUCACCCUUUGA